UACCUAUCAUAAAGUAACAAGGGUGUACUGUACAAUGGUGCAUCCCCUAGCUCAUUUGGUAGGGCAUUAGAGCGUUCUCUAAUUAUACCAACACAUUCAUUUAUUUUCAGGAUUGAUGUCUUCCUAGGAGCUCAGCUGUGAUUUGACGAUGUGGAUGCCGACUCACAUUCAGCUAACAGUACAGAGGGCCAGGGGCCUUCUGACCAAGGGAAAACAUGGAACCAACGACUGCUUUGUGGUGAUGAGCCUGGGGAAGGAGAAAUUCCAGACUUCCGUCAAAGAGAAGGCCCCGCCGGACGUGACGUGGUGCGAGGAGUGUGAACUCACCAUCCCCCAGCAGGGCAACACGGCCGAGAUCAAGCUGACGGUGCUGCACCGCAACUUCCUCGGCGUGGACGAGUUCCUGGGCCAGACGAGCGUGGCGCUCUCGGACCACGACGCCUACGAGACGCCCCGCAGCCGGUGA